AAGUUGGCAAUGGUAAAUUGUCAAUUCGUUGUGUAAUUCCAUGAAAAUAUUGUAAAAUGUUAAAAUUCAAGAACUCCUAAAGCUAUAGUCAAUGGAUUAUAGAUAAAAAUCUAUUUUUAAAUGGAUUUGUGAAUUUUUCUUUAUGCCGGCUAAUCGUGUAAAAGCAUGACAAAAGAAAUUAAAUAACGGACUUUGUGUAUGUGUCACGAAGUAGCCAUUUUGCUAUACAAAUGUUUGCCUGCACUUUAAAUGUAAACAUGAAUCUCGUUUUAUCGAAUUUAAUUCUUACAAAAUAUCUUAAAUGUGAAUAGAAUAUGACUUUUCGGUAUCGAAAAAAAUAACGAAAAUGGCUGGCAGUGAAGGCUCAGGACAAACAGAUUUACUAAGUGGUUGGUCGUGUGUUGUGCACAGACCAAGCGAAGAUCCUGAGCCCUCCGAAUUGCCUAGUACUGUAGAUAUGGCCGCCUUCAGUUCUGGAUUAAGUGUUGAACCCACUCAAAAUCCUAACAAUGAAGACUCUUGCGACUCUGACAGUGAUUCGGAUUCAGACUCAAACAAUUCCGGCAGUGACGUAUCAGGUUCAUGCAGCCAAUCGGAUUCGUCAGAUUCAGAAAGUUCCAGCUCCAGUCCGGAAUCGUCGUCUCGAAGUUCUUCUCCCGAAUUUUCCGUUACAAGUUCACAAACAGACGGGCUACGACUUAAAAUUGCGACUGUACGGAAAUCAUGCACGAGUCCUGUUGAAAAAACAAAAACUUUUGGAGAUGCAAAAUUUUGUGAUAAACCUCAAAAUGUACAGACAAAAGUUAGCAAUUUAAGUUCGACAUCGGAUAGUCCGAGUAGUUCCAGUAGUGAAUCAGAAUCUCAAUUGAAUAAUAAAAACAAUGUUAGUGCAGUGCACAGCGAAAAAAGUAAUGGUGAGAAAAAGCCCUCUGUUAAAGUGCAAACUACUUCGGUGGAAAAGAAGACUGAGGCAAAACCAGUUAAAGUUAAUGCAGUAGCAGUAGCUAAACCUGCUAAGUCCAAAAUUAGAUCAAAAAGAGCUCAAAAGGUAUCACUUUCUCAUUGUUCAAGUAGCUCGAGCUCCGAUUCAGAAGACUGUUCAGGAUCUGAUAGAACAAUGUUAGCUUCUUGUAGUUUACAAGAAAUUCGACAAGAAGAUUUGGCAGCUAUUUUACCUGAUCAGCAAGAAUGUGAUACUUUUGGAGGAUUUGACUGCAGAGCGGACAAGAACUCUCCUCAAACAGGUGAUGGUUCUGGUUCAGACAUGGAACUUCCUCAACAAGCAGUGAAUGCUUUAAUACAGAGAACAACUGAAAGUUCAAGCGAAUCAGAAUCUCGAGUACCUCUGAAUCCCAAUAGUCUCUAUGCAAACAGUUUAUUACAACAAUUUGUUGCUCAAACUCAAUUAUUAAACGUUCCAAGUUCGACAACACAAUUAAAUUCAAAAAAUAAUGUGAUUGCACCUACUUCAUCUCAGGUGGACAAUACCGGUGUUAAGACGGAAACAGAAAGCACAAAACGUAAGCGUGGUCGACCAAGGAAGACAAAUACAAAUUCGGCACAAAAUAGUUUAAAUACUGAUAAAUCCCAAACUGUAAAAUCGGUGUUAACUGCAGAAUACUGUGCAAAUCCAAAUGUUUCACCAGAUUCGGGUAUUCAGAAUUGUUCAGACAAUGUUUCUAGUCCAGAAUCCAGUCCUAUUCCAAAUGUAAAAUCAAAACUAUCUCAUGAGAUGGAGCAAUAUUCUAGUAAAUCUACAGAAAAUGACGCCACAAAAAGUAAAAACAGUUUGAUGGCAAAUACUGUUAAACCAAAAGAACAGCGAAAAUUACCCGUGACGUCUAACAGUUUCGAUAGAGUACUAUAUGGAAAUACUGAUAGAGUACUUUACCCACCGAGAAGAAAAGUAGGUAGACCACCUACAGGGACCCGUAAAGGACCUGGUCGUCCUCCGAAGCAUAAAGUUCAGAACUGUUCAUCGGCUUUAGGUACAAACCUUCCCAGUGAAGUUGAUAUCAGCUCCAAACUUAGUAAGGAUCUUGCCGAAAUCAAAAUUGAAAAAAGCAAAAGUCAAGUAAAUACCAAUCAAGGUAUUGUGAAGAAAGAUACUACCGACGUUAAAACUAAGUCAGUUCAGAAGAAAACAAAAGCAGGAUUACUGCAUGAAAUAUGCGAAAAAGUUAGUAAGCGUUUAGAUAUCAGUAUUAGAGGAUCUCAAAAAUCGGAAACAAAAUAUGAAAAAGUAUCAAAAGUUUCAAAUGUAUUUAAAAAGAGUACAAAUAACAGAGUUGUAUUAGGGAACAAAAAUAAAUUAGAGACUGCAAAGCCGAAAUAUACCACAUUAAAGAAUUAUAAGGUAAUGCAUAGUAAGCAUAAGGGAAAAAAGCAUAAGAAAUGUAAAUUCAAAAUCUUAAAACCGAUCACAACUACAUUGCAUGAUCCGAAAUUAAACGCAGAAAUAGACAAACUUGUAGCUGAUUUUGUAAAAUUUUGCAACAUUACGUCUUCGAAAAUUUCCAAGGAAAAUGUACCUGAGAUGCUAAAAGUAUUGAAAAAGGCUUCGAAAAAAAGAAAGGCUUCUGAUUACAGCGAGCGUAAAAAAAAGAAGCAGAGUAUUAAUAGUACAGUCAAUAAAGAACCGAGUUCGAAUGAGCAAAGACUACCUUUAAAGAAGCGGCAUUAUCAUUUGGCUAGCGAUGUUACGACCCAACCUACCGAUCCUGACAGUGAUUUGAAAGCCAAACUUAUGAAUAGCGUGAAGGAUGUUAAGCUUCCAACUACAUCGAAUAAGAACGUUGUGGAGAAAGUUAAAAAUGUAAGCAAAAGUAUUACACCUACUAACGUGGUAAACAGUACAAAAAUGAGUGACGAAUGCGUUACUGAAAAUAACGCAGUAGGCUGCUCUACGGCCAAAGUUACUAAUUCCGCUAAUGACUGCGUGGUAAAAAUUCCAAAAUCAAAAGCAGUUGGUACUCACAUUGAUGAAGCAAUUGAAGCCUGCAUAACAAGAUAUUCUUCAUUACCAGUAGAAAAACAAAAUCUCGAACUAACACCACCACCUGUUGUAAAAAAUGUGACAGAAUCUACUCCUAAACUAACAACCGUUGACACUUCAAGUAAGACAAUUACUGCAACUACACCUAAGAAACGUCACAGACUGCAACCUAAAGGGUGUAGUCCGGAAAGAGUUAAUGCAAGUGAGAGUUUAGCAACAAAGUCCGACUCGACCAACGAUUUAAAACAGGAAGUGAAAACUAAAAACACUCCAUUAGAAAACGUAGUUUCUGAGAUAAAGGUGAAGAAACAUCUAUCAACAAAAUUCGGCGAUAUAACCUAUAAAAAACAAGAGAAAAAGAAUGAAUUGGUAUCGCAGGUGAUCACUCGUAAAAAAAAUCGUUUGGAAGAUUUAACAAUGACUUUAGCGAAUAAGGUAAAUUCCUCAUUAACUGAAGGUGUUUGCGAUGGCACCUCAAAAAGAAAAAAGGAGAUCGUUAAAGCAGAUGAAAGUGAAAAUUACAAACGAAAAAAAGAGGUUGGGUCUGAUACUUUCAAGAAAGAGGUUAUGUCGGAUGCUUUCGUUGAUAACACUCAAAAAUUGAAGAAAGCAACUCCUGUGGAAGUAGAUCAAAAAACCAAAAAAGAAAGUAUUAAUAAAGGUGAGUGUCUGACCGAAGUAGGUAAUAAAAGGAAAAAAGAAACUAUUCCCGAAAUUGUCAGCUCUUCCCAAGUAGCAGAUGUUGAUGAGGCAGAUGAUAGCAGUCGUAAGUCAAAGAAAGAAGUUAACAAACCUGAAGAAAACCACACAGAUAAACAUAAAAAGGAUCUGCAGGCACCGGAAACAUUAUCUCGUGCAUCAGUAAUCAAGUCCCCAAUUUCUAGAAAGACUAAGUCAUUGGACCAUGAAAAGCUAGACUGCAUAAUGACAGAUAAGCCAACUGGUAUUUUUAUGCCGACCAUUGAUAUUGAAUUGCACAUUCCUGCUUCAAAAAUACAAACAAUGCGUACAGGCGAUAAACCAGUUUCAGAAGUACCAGAGAAAAAACCAAAAAUAGAAAUACCCUGCGUCCAUAUAGAAAAUUUGCAAAUUAAAGAUACGUAUAAACGUUUAAAUGAGAGUGACUAUAAAAGAAUUACCGAGGCAACAGAAAUAUCUUCAAGGAAGAAAACUAGGAAACGCCGUCCCAUUAACCGAACCGGUUUUCCUACGGUUAAAAAGAAGAAGAAGAAAAGUACACCUGAUUGUAAGGUUUCUCCUGAAGUAAUUCUGCCAAAACCAAACAAUGCGGAAAGAGAAAUUUGUGAUAGAGUUCCACAGGAAGGCGAAAAAUAUUCUUCAUUUUUACAAAGAACGGAAAAAUUGAAUGUAUCGAAUGCACUUCUAGAAAAGUUACAGAAAGCAAACACGACGAGUAAUAGUAACAUUGUAGAGCAAGACUCGAAAAAGGUACCCACAAGUGGUAAUGAGAAAUCUGAAACUUGUCAAUCAUUUCGAUUGAAAGAGGAGUUAUUGGAAGCGACCGCAGAUGGUUCAAGUGAUGUAGAUAUAAAAACAGAUACGUCCGAUGACAAAGAUUGCGCUACAGACUUGGACGAGUUAAGUUUAGAGGCUCGCCUAGAAUUGAUGAAUCAAAAUUCGGGUAAGAUGAAUUAUAAAUGGGGAAGCAGGAGAGGUAGAAAUAUUUUUAAAUACAAUAAAGGUUUAUUACACAAAAGAAGAUUAAGGGAUAUUUCACCAAGUAGCAGUGUGGAUACAUUCAUCGAUAAGAAAUUGCGAGAAGAUAAUUUCGGUUCUGGCGAUGAAUGCAAACGAAGUAGAAGAAUGCCAAGGUGGCGAAAGAAAUAUUUGCCUGCUGGUUUAUUUUCAGAUUACUUUAAAGAGGAUGACAGUAUCCAUCGUCAAAAAAGAGCCGAGGUCAUUACCAAAUCAAAAGUUGCAUAUAACCCGGAAGAACAUCCUUAUGGAUUACUACCUCCACCUUAUCAUUGCGGGAAAUAUUUAAGAUGUAGAAAGUUUCCUUUCCAACUGCCGUAUGAUUUGUGGUGGCAACAUACCAAUUCCCAAUUACCCGGACGUGAUAUUGUACCAUCUUGGAACUAUCGUAAAAUACGAACAAACGUCUACAAUGUGAAAACGGCCGUUGGAGCGUGCGAGUCCCAAUCUUGCAACUGCACUGCUACGUCACAAUGUGGCGAUGAUUGCAUUAAUCGUUUAGUGCUGACCGAAUGUCCAGCGUUUCAUAAGUGCAACAAUCAAAAAAUCCAGAAGCACGAAUGGGCUCCGGGACUUGAAAAGUUUAUGACGGCUGACAAGGGAUGGGGCAUAAGAACUAAAUUGCCGAUACGGUGUAGCGAGUUCAUACUAGAGUAUGUUGGAGAAGUAGUUGCUGAUCAUGAAUUUAAAGAAAGAAUGGCUUUAAGGUAUGCGCAUGACAUACACCACUAUUGUCUCCACUUGGACGGUGGGUAUGUCAUUGAUGGUCACAGAAUGGGAGGCGAUGGACGGUUUGUGAAUCAUUCCUGUGAGCCAAACUGUGAAAUGCAGAAAUGGUCAGUGAAUGGGCAAUUUCGAAUGGCGUUGUUUGCUUUACGUGACAUCGAAGCGGACGAAGAAAUUACUUACGACUAUAAUUUUUCGCUUUUUAAUGCUGCCGAAGGUCAAGAGUGUAAAUGUGGCAGUUCAAUUUGUAGGGGCGUAAUCGGCGGAAAGUCGCAACGUGUGCGUCACAGCAUCUCGAGUACUAAUUCCAGUAUUUCAAAUGACAAGACGGGAAGAGUGGGUCGACCUAGAAAAAAUCAAGCCAAGCGUAGCGCAAGUGGCCCCAGAGAAUUGCCUACCGCUCCUGUGCAAACACCAGUAGCCCCUACGCCGCUUAUGAAACCUUUGAGUAUUUCACAGAAAACGUAUGUUCGCGACCAUCACUGUUUCCUGGUACGAAACUUACAUAAGGGCAAACAUACUCGUGACAGAUCACUAUGCAGUCUCCCGCAAGUGAAUUCUUGCACUCCCGGUGAUCAUAAUCCAACGACUUUUAUGAACCACUUGAACGCAUUGAGGCAGCCACGCAAUAUGAGAACUAGGAGACUAGCACAAGCCGAAGAUGAUCCCAAACUCAAAAAAAUGGCGCAAUUGGCAAGCAUCUUAAAAGAUUUCCUGAAAGCAAUUACCACCGCAAAAGAUGAAAAAAAUGAAUUAUUAUGCUCGUCAUUUCUGAAUUUACCGUCAAAGCGAAAAUUACCCGAGUAUUAUCAACGCAUAACCGAUCCUAUUGAUGUGUCAACCAUUGAACAAAAUGUGGCAACUGGAGUAUAUUGUUCAGUGGAAAAUUUCGAUGCAGAUAUGAACAAAGUAUUUAUUAACGCCGUCCGUUUUUUUGGUCGUACCUCUGAACCGGGAAUCGCGGCAACAAGAUUAAAAAAGAUAUAUUUUGAUAUGAAACAAGAGAGUCUUUCAAAAUUAGAAGAAAUUAUUGGGGAAAAAUUGCCUAGUAAUUUUAUUCCGAGCAAAAGAAAGAACGAGGAGGAAGACGUUAUUCGUUGUAUUUGCGGAAUGUACAAAGAUGAAGGCUUGAUGAUUCAGUGCGAAAGGUGUUUAGUAUGGCAACAUUGCGAAUGUGUUCAAGCAGAUGUAAACGCAGAAAGUUAUCAUUGCGAAGUUUGCGUUCCUAGACUGGUCGACUAUGAGAUUGCUCUAGACGAGUUUACGGAGCACGGUCAUAGAUAUUAUUUAACGUUAUUGCGAGGCAAUUUACAAUUACGGCAAGGUGAUACUGUUUAUAUGUUGCGUGAUAUACCGAUAUUUGGAACUGACCGAAAACAUACAUACGAAACAAUUGGAGAGAUUAAGUACAGUGACUUGGACAUAUUUAGGAUAGAAAGGUUAUGGAAAGAUAGUAAAACGGGCCAACGUUUUGCUUAUGGACAUCAUUACUUAAGACCUCAUGAAACUUUUCAUGAACCUACCAGAAAAUUCUUUCCUAAUGAAGUGAUGCGUGUGCCAUUGUAUGAGGCUGUUCCCGUAGAAUUAGUUAUAUCACACUGUUGGGUGAUGGACUUAAAUACAUACUGUAAAGGAAGGCCAGUCAGUGCACCAGAAGAACACAUAUACAUUUGUGAAUAUCGCGUAGAUAAAUCAGCUAGAUUGUUUAGCAAAAUCUCAAAAGCUAAAUACCCAAUUUGUACGAAAACGUACGCAUUUGAGAGAUUCGACGUUAAACUGAAGAUAUCACGAACCUACACUCCGCACGACUUAGAUCCCGCAUUUGUGAAGCCUCGUGGACGCAAGCCAGUUGAAAGUGAUGAAGCAAGAGAAUUGCAAAAGUUGCCUGUUCAUGUGCCUGUUCUGAGGACGCCAUUAGAGAAAAAAGUAAGGUUGAAUAAGUUAUUGUUAGCAUUGUUAAGUAAAAUGCCUACGAAACAAGCUUUAGAUGUUUCUUAUCUAUUAGAGGGUGGAAGAAGAAGAAAAAAACAGUUAGAUAAAUGAAUGAAAUGAAAUAUGAAUAUAUUUUAAUUAAAAAGCAAACGCUUGGUGCCGGACACAUACACAAUUAAAAGACGAGGUGUCAUUAACAUAUUAACUAGUCACCCACUAACAAUAAUUUGAUCGUUUAAUUAUUUAUUUUGAUUGUAAGUAUACUUUUUUUUGGCGAAACCAAAACCUUUACAUCACAUUUUUAUUUAUAUAUUUUUUUUAUUGGUGUAUUAGUUAUAAAGAUAUUCCUAUUUAUUUAUUUAUUUGGAAAAAGUACUAACCAAUUUUUACAUUUUUAUUAUUUUACAUUACCCAGUGUUAUAUUCUUAAAUGUAUGUUACAUUAUUGAUAGUAGCUUUACAGAAUCCUUGUUAGCUGGUAGAUCUACCAUAACUUCUUUGUAAUUUAUAAAAUUACAAAAGGUAUUUUUGUCAGUUAAAUGAUAUUAACGGUAAAACACUUUAUUUAUAUUUACAGAUUGCAUAUAGAUGGUUUUGUUUAGGAAUAUAUAUCCGAAGUUUAUAUUCUAUUAGUGACAUGCAUAGUUUAUACCGGUGAUAUAUCUGAAUAGUUAGUACUAUUUCUCUAAAUGUAUAUAGUUGUAGUUUGUAAUUUAUUUAGUAUGUAAUUGUUUUAUUUAUUUAUGUUUUGUCUAUGAUAAUGUGUUGUACAUUUUAAUUAAAAAUCUUAAUGUGACACCUGAUAAAGCUAAUUAUUCAUUAAACAUACAAAUGUUUUUCAAGUUUUCAUCACACUGAAACUGUUUAAAAUAAUAAACUUGUUAUAUUUUUU